AUGGUAGGUAGUGGGUUGUUCAGUUCACCAGCACUUUGUGGUGCUCUAUGUUAUGCAGAAUUAGGUACAAUGCUUCCUAUGAAUGGCGGAGAAUCUAUCUAUUUGGGUCGAGCAUUUGGUAGUCUUCCUGGUAGUCUAGCCAUUGUUUGUAUCGUAUUCGGUGAAUAUGUUUCUCGUAUUGCCUAUCAUACGUAUUUUUUCAAUGUUCCACAUGACUCAGACGCAUCUGUUGAAUUGGCAGAUUCUAUUAUUCCUCCAUUUUUACCAAAAAUAUUAGCUGUAACUUGUUUAUUAGCUUUGACUGUGGUGAAUGCUUUUUCAGUAAAAGCUGGUAUUCGUGUCCAAGAUAUAUUAUCAAUUGUUAAAAUUUUAACAGCAGUUGUUAUUUCCAUAGCUGGUAUAGUUGUACUGUCAAAUAAAGAAUUAGUAGUUGGUGAUAGUUUUCAAGGUGAACCUUUUGCUGGAUUUGAUUCUAUUAGUUUUGGUCAAUUUACCUUUGCUUUCUAUUCAGUUAUUAUCUUUGGUAUUCCACUUGUUAUUGUUUGUUAUAUACUAUCCAAUCUUGCGUACUUGGCUGCACUUAGGCCCGAAGUUGUUAUGCAUACAAAUACAGUUUCUAUGGACUUUGGAAAAAAGAUAUUUGGUGCAGCAGGAGGUAUUAUUUUUGCCGUCUGUGUAGCUUUAAGCUGCUUUGGGUCUGCAAAUGCAAGUGUCUUUACAGGAGCUCGUAUUAUUUAUGUUUCUGCAAAACAGGGGCAUAUACCAAACAUUUUUGGAAAACUGAGUCAGACACGACAAACACCUAUUUUAGCAUUAGCCCUCCAAGCUAUUCUAACCACUAUUAUGAUUAUGGUUGGAUCCUUUAGGAUGUUGGUCAAUUUUUAUUCUUUUUGUGCAUGGAUGUAA